CACCACUGUUGUAUGCUGUAGGAGUCUCGGGCUGUUAUCGUGGUUACCGUCGAGUAUAUCCCGGCAAUGUCUCCAACGCGUGUCUCCAACGCGGGGCUCCAGCUUCUCGCAGAACUCCGAGGGUCUCCAGUCUGGCGCUCUGGACCGCCAAGUUGGUCCAGUCUGUUGAUGGUGGAGCAGCAGUGGAACUUUAGACCGUUCGUCGAUUGGACCCCAGUCCCUUUUGGCCUCGGACGCGGGGCGGCCAUGGACUCUGAUUACUGAUGCAGUGGCAUUCGUUCACGAAUUCCUUUUGUCUGCGUUCAUCGCUCAUGCUGAGAUAGCCAGAUCAUGCCUGCUCUCUCGGGUGGAUGUGGCUUUUGCCUGUCCCAUCACAUCCGCUGUGACCUGCUCAACGGCAACUCGCCCUGUUUAACAUGUCGCGACUACGGCAUCAAGUGUCCCCCGGGGGACGAGACAGAUGACUCGGUCUCGAUGACGGACGCUGGCGAGUCUCCCAUGGAGGAGGUCAUUCAUACGCCAGAAGCACACGAACAAGGUCGCUUCGACAUCGAGCGCAUCCACUGGAUGGCUCCUCUCGAUCACUACAAGAGCGUUGCCCACGACCUGCUUGGGUUCCCAGUCCCCGGCAUCCCCGACAUCCCCCAGCCGACAGAGAAAACUACGCUCCUCCCUCCGUUUAUCCAGAAGCUGCCCAGUCUCGCCGAUGAAGACGCCGACUAUCUCAAAGCCAAAGGGGUCUUCUCCCUGCCAGACGAGCGGCUGCAGAACGAGCUGUUGCGGACAUUCGUCCUCCACGUCCACCCCUACCUCCCCGUCCUCGACCUCCCUCCUUUCCUACAGGCCAUCGCCGACAACAAUGGCCAUUCCUCCGUUAGUCUACUCUUAAUGUACGCCGUGAUGUUCUCGGCCAUUGCAUUCGUCGACCCAACACACAUCCAGCGCGCGGGAUACACAUCCAGGAAGGCCGCACGCCAGGAAUUCUUCCGCAAAGCACGAGUACUAUACGACUUCGACGUCGAACGCGACCGCAUCGUGCUCAUCCAGACUGUGCUCCUCAUGACCUACUGGCACGAGAACCAGGACGACCCCAAAGACUUCCGGCACUGGCUCGAGAUCGCCCUGUCGCAAGCCGCCCUCGCCAUGCCCAUCAAGGAGCACGGACAGCGCACGCGCGCAAGCACAUUCACCUCGCCAGGCCUCUGGAAGCGUCUCUGGUGGUGCAUGUACACGCGCGACCGCCUCAACUCUCUGAAUCUGCGGCGCAGCCCUGUCAUCAAAGACGCAGAGUUCACCGUGCCCCUGCCUACGCUCUCCGACUUCGACAUAGCCAUAUACCCGCCUUCUGUCCUCGCCAUGCCGAUCCUAGGAGCCUGCGAGGUCCUCCGGAACCCAACGCAGCAGCAGCACCUGGCAACCUUGUUCAUCGAGAAGGCCAAUCUCUGCUGCACAAUCAGCGGGAUUAUCUUCCCCAUCACCAACGCCGCGGUCUUUGCGCCCGCCGUGUUCACACAUUACAUCGCCGCCCUGGACGACUGGCAUAAGAAUCUACCCAAGGAGGUGCAAUACCACCCACCCCCGUCACGCACAGCCCUCUCCGAAGGCGAGCGCGCCCUCUUCGCAUACCGCGCCUGGCUGGAGAUGAUAUACCUCGCCGCAUCAGGCGCGCUGCACCGCCAGAACCAAGCACAGAGCCAAAAAUCACUCCAGUCCGGCGACAGUAGCAGUGAACCCACCAAUACAUGCGCGGACGGGAUUCGAUCCGUCACGCAGUCCAUUGCAGGGGUUGCGGAUGGGCUGGACCAGCUGGACCUCGUGCACUGUCUGCCGACGACGACGGUGGGGUUACUCACGCCGGUGCUGGCGACGCAUUUCAUGAAUAUCCGGUCGGAGACGCCGGAUCUGUGGCGCAAUGCGUUCCAGUCGCUGUAUCAGUGUCUCAAGGUGCUGGAGAAGCUGGGGGAGGUUUAUGAGCUUGCGGAGAGCAUGGCGGGAUUCUUCCAGGCGACGAUCUGUGGGGAUGUCAAUGCAAAUACGAGCAUGAGCACGAGCACGUCAGAGUCAGAGAAUGGCGAAGGGAGGGAACGGGCGUUUCUGCAGCGGACGUUGACGGCGGAGGAACUGGAUGGGUUUGCGCGGCUGGUGUGGGGGGGGGCGAACGGGCUUGCAGAGGUUGUAAUAGAAUAGAGAAAGAGUUGGUUAACUAGAAUGAGUGACACAUGCGAUUGCAAAUUCUCCAGAGACCAUACUUGUCCAUGAUAGACGCUGCAGGAAUAUUAUAGGCUGGCAGUGGUGCAACC